AUGAAAUUAGGAUAUAAUGAAAUAAUGAUAGUAUCAAUGUACUUUAAUGAUAUUGAAGAUUUUAUUAAUUUAGAAAUAGGAAUUAAAAGAUUUAGAGGAAACAUGGAACGAUUUCAUUUUAAUCCAAUUCCUUUAGAUAAAUAUUCAAGAAAAUUAUUUACUAAUAUUGAAACAUUUCAUAUUUAUAAUGAAAAUGAUAAAAUAUUUAAAGAUGGAAGAAUAUUUAAAUAUGUAAUAUGGUAUGAUAUUAGUUAUUCAAAAUAUUUAUUCGAAAAAGAACAAGGAAAUAUCUGUAAAAAUAUAGAAUAUACAAAAGAAGAUAGAAAAUCAUAUGGGAAUACAAUACCAUCAGAAGUUAAAUCGCUUGGAUAUGAUUGUUUUAGAUACUGUGAUUCAUUAACAACAAUUAAUAUACCAUCAUCAAUUAGUAAAUUAGGAUAUGAUUGUUUUAAUGAAUGUAAAUCAUUACAAUCAAUUAAUAUACCAUCAUCUGUUAGUGAAUUAGGAUAUGAUUGUUUUUAUAGAUGUUCAUCAUUAACAUCAAUUAAUAUAGAUAAUCUACAAUUUAUUAGUGAAAAAAGAAUAUUUAUGAAUGAACCAGUGUUAGUUAGUAUUAAAAUACCAGAUAAUCUACAAAUAAUCAAUGGAAAGAAUAUUGAAAAGAAAGAUAUUAAUGAAUUUAUUAUUCCAUCUUCAAUCACUAAAAUAGGAUAUGAUUGUUUUAAUGGAUGUACAUCAUUAACAUCAAUUAAUAUACCAUCAUCAAUUAUUAAAAUAGGAAAUGAUUCUUUUUAUGAAUGUUCAUCAUUAAUAUCAAUUAAUAUUCCAUCAUCAAUUAUUAAAUUAGGAGAUAGGUGUUUUAAUGAAUGUUCAUCAUUAACAACAAUUAAUAUUCCAUCAUUAAUUACUAAAUUAGGUGGUCAUUGUUUUAGAAAAUGUUCACCAUUAAUAUCAAUUAAUUUACCAUCAUCAAUAAGUAAUUUAGGAUAUUGUUGUUUUAGAGAAUGUUAUUCAUUGACAUCAAUUAAUAUACCAGCAUCUGUGAGUGAAAUAGGAAAUUGGUGUUUUGGUGAAUGUUCAUCAUUGACAUCGGUGAGUGUAGACAAUCUACAAUUUGUAAGUAAAGAAAGAAUAUUUAUGAAUGAACCAGUGUUAGUUAGUAUUAAAAUACCAGAAAAUCUACAAAUAAUCAAUGGAAAGAAUAUUAAAAAGAAAGAUAUUAAUGAAUUUAUUAUUCCAUCUUCAAUCACUAAGUUAGGAAAAUGUUGUUUUUAUGAAUGUUCAACACUGACAUCUAUUAAUAUACCAUCAUCAAUUAUUAAAUUAGGAGAUGAAUGUUUUUGUGAAUGUUCAUCAUUAAUAUCAAUUAAUAUACCAUCAUCAAUUAGUGAAUUAGGAAGUUAUUGUUUUAAUAAAUGUUUAUCAUUAAAAUCAAUUAAUAUACCAUCAUCAAUUAAUGAAAUAGGAUAUUGUUGUUUUUGUGAAUGUUAUUCAUUAAGAUCAAUUAAUAUUUCAUCAUCAAUUAGUAAAUUAGGAGGUGAUUGUUUUAAUAAAUGUUUAUCAUUAAAAUCAAUUAAUAUACCAUCAUCAAUUACGUCAAUAGGAAUUAGAUGUUUUAAUGAAUGUUAUUCAUUAACAACAAUUAAUAUACCAUCAUCUGUUAGUAAAUUAGGAUAUGAUUGUUUUAAAGAAUGCUAUUCAUUAACAUCAAUUAAUAUACCUUCAUCAAUUAUAUCAUUUGGAGAUGGAUGUUUUUGUGAAUGUGGAUGUGAAGAGGAAUUAAUGAAAAAUCAAAGAAUACCAAGAAAUUGUUUUAACAAAUGA